AUGUCUGAACAGGGGGCCCAAGCCCCAGGAACCCGGGGGCUACCUGCCAAUGUACUGGCAGAGCAAGUGGAGCUGUGGUGGUCCCAACAGCCACGGCGCUCAGCACUGUGCUUUGCCAUGGCCGUGGGCCUUGUGGCAGGCUGUGGGGCCGGCGGCGUGGUCCUGCUGUCAUCCACUAGCAGCCGCUCGGGUGAGUGGCGCUUAGCAACUGGCACUGUGCUCUGUCUGCUGGCCCUGCUGGUUCUGGUGAAGCAGCUGAUGAGCUCGGCUGUGCAGGACAUGAACUGCAUACGUCAGGCACACCAUGUUGCGCUGCUGCGCAGUGGUGGGGGAGCUGAUGCCCUCGUGGUGCUGCUCAGUGGCCUCGUAUUGCUGGUCACCGGCCUGACCCUGGCAGGGCUGGCCGCUGCCCCAGCCCCUGCUCGGCCCCUAGCUGCCAUGCUCUCUGUGGGCAUCACUCUGGCUGCCUUGGGCUUGCUCUUGCUACUGGGCUUACUGCUAUAUCAGGUAGGCGUGAGUGGACACUGCAACUCCAUCUGUAUAGCUGCUCCCUCCACCCACAGUGGCCAUGGUGGCAAUACCAGCAUCUUCAGCAUCUCAGGACAGUUGUCUACUGGCCAGCGUCAAGAGACCACAUCCAGCAUCACCAACCUCAUCUGACAGAGCCAGAGCCCUUCCCACCACCUGCUGUG